CGUAACGCGGAAUGCGGAAGUCGAUAGAACAUCCGGAUAGACUGUUCCCACAGUUUAACGCUUUAAAUCAGUUCAUCAUGAUUUAUAGAUCAUCAGGUAUCUGCGGCACAUUCUGAAGAGCUCCACCUUUGUGGGUCACGUAAACAAAACGAAUUGAGUCUGCUUUGUCGUUGUUUGAGAGGACUGCAGUGUUUUCUGUGGGGUCGAGAUGGCCGAAGUAGCAGAACAAGCCUAUUACCGGUUUGUGGUCCUGUUUUUUAACUGUAUGCUGACUUUCGGCUCUUAUUUCUGCUUUGACAUUCCCAGUGUCCUGCAGGAGCAGUUUCAGGGGAAUUUGACAUGUCCAAACGGGACGGUGAGUAACAGCACUGCUAAUGGCACAGGAGCGUGUGUGGAAGGUUUGGGAAUGACGCCACAGGAGUACAACCUGCUUUAUGCCAUCUACGCCUGGACGAAUGCUGUGGUGGUCAUCAUGGCGGGAUUCCUUAUUGAUAAGUUGGGCAACCGCUUUGGUGUUUUCCUGUUCUCCUUCCUGACUGUGUUGGGAUCGGCUAUCUUUGCAUUGGGGUCUCAUUUUAAGGGCACGACAUACCUGUUGCCCCUCAUGCUUACCGGACGACUUCUGUUUGGUUCUGGAAACGGAUCCCUGACCAUUGUCCAAAACCGUAUCACGGCGUUCUGGUUCCGUGGGAAGGAGCUGGCUCUGGCGUUUGGACUGACUCUGGCCUUCUCCCGCUUGGGCUCGGUUCUGAACUUCUUCCUGACACAGAGGUUUGAGUCUCAGUACGGUAUGCAGUGGACACUGUGGGGAGGCACGUUCCUGUGUGUUCUUGGCUUCCUGUCGGCUGUAAUGGUCAGUGUUCUGGAUAAGAUGGGCAUGAAGCAGCUGGGAUUGGAUGGAGUGAUUCAGGAGGAGUCACGCAAAGUGAGAGUUCAGGAUGUGAAGCGUCUGUCUCUCAGAUACUGGCUGCUGGUUCUUACCAUCAUGUUCUUUUAUAAUGGCAUCUUCCCCUUCAUCGCUGAUGCCAGUAAGUUUAUCCAGGAUAAAUACAGUGGGUACAGUCAGAAGGAGGCGGCGUACAUCGCAGGCGCUGUGUAUGACAGUUCACUGGUGCUGUCUGCUGCCGUCGGCAUCCUCAUCGACUAUGUGGGGCUGCGCGGUGUGUUUGCGGGGCUCUGUGCCGUGUUGACGCUGCCUGUGUUUGGUCUGCUGGCCUUCACGUUCGUCCCUCCUCUCAUAUCUACCAUCUGGCUCGGCAUCACUUACUCGUUCGCUGCUGCGAGCAUGUGGCCCUCCAUCCCGCUGGUGGUUCCUCAAGCCACACUGGGCACAGCGAUGGGACUGGCCACAUCUGUACAGAUGAUCGGCAUCGGCAUUUCUAACCUGGUGGUGGGACAGAUACUGGGAACCAAAUCCAGUGAUGUUAAGAUCCCGCUGUGGAGAUGGCAAUAG